AUCACCUACAUCCACAAACAUCCCAUCCGUGUCCAUGGGCGUCUCACAAGUGAGGUCUGCAUGAUUGAUUCCCGUUUCUCCGUCAAGGUCGGACACUACGGCCUCCCUACCAUAUACGACACUGUCAAACUGGAAGGCAAAGAGCCGAGCUCGGAGAAAGGUCAGGCUGAAUUAAAACACAAUUUAUUCAGAUUUUCCAACGUGAAUUUGAAAUAUGACCUGAGAUUUAAGUAUAUAUUGUUUGCUAAGUCUCAAUCACAUUAGACUAAAAUUGUGAUGUUAAUAUAACUUUGUCUGGUAGUCUUAAAUUCUGCUUAAUUCCUAGUAGCAGUUACAUUAUAUAUAGUAUAAGGUGGGCUGCGUCCAAGCCGGGGGAAGUAAAUAAAUUAGUAGAACAAUAUAUGUUUAGGCUUAGAAAAAAAAGGCCCAACAAUUUAAAAGAAGUUUCGCCAAAACGCCUUCUUAAGCAGACAAUACUAAACAAGAAAUCAAAUUAUUUUAAAUUUGAAAAACUUAAGCGUUCUCAGAUCGCAAUGCAGCUUUCCCAGUCCCUGUGUAGUAAACAUUACGCAUCUGUGUCAUUUUUUUCACGUGGUGUCUUUUUGUGUGUUGUUUUUAACCUUUUUAACAAAUGUUUACACGUGCAAGACAAUUUCUGGGUUGCGCCCGAGCGACUGAGAUACGGAGGAAGUGCCACCCAAGAGGGGGACGUCUAUAGUCUGGCGAUCAUCAUCUCUGAGAUCUUGACAAGGGAGGAGCCGUACAGCCAUGAUAAUGAUUUUCUAACAACACAGGGUAAAAAAAUAUUUUAAAAAAUCUAACGUUUAUCAGCUCUUGAACAAUUGUACGCCCCAAAAAAAGUGUCAUUAUUGCUUGAAAUGAUACGACAUUGGGGGAUUCUGGAAACAUCUUUUUACCGUGUACACAGGAUGUACAAACACAGUCAUAACACUACAAACUUCUAUGAAACGUGAAAAUCCUUUAAGAAAAUGUAAAUUUCAAAUGGAAAACUGACGUCAUGGUGGGUUGUUGUUGUUUUUUCCGUACAAUUUCAGAGGUGUUGGAUAAGAUUGUUCUGGAGCAGGAUCCCCCGUUCCGCCCUGCUGUGACAGCACCCCCAGAUCUGAUACCGCUGGAGGCGCUUAUGAAGCAGUGCUGGGAUCAAGUCCCACAGAAGAGGCCUUCACUGAGUAAGAUCUCUGGCGUUCUACAAGGGUUAAUGAUGUAAGCGAUGUUUUAGGAUGUAGAGGAAGUCAUUAUACGUCUGUCUCUCUCUCUCUCUUUCUCUCUCUCUCUCUCUCUCUCUCUCUCUCUCUCUCUCUCUCUCUCUCUCUCUCUCUCUCUCUCUCUCUCUCUCUCUCUCUCUCUCUCUCUCUCUCUCUCUCUCUUUCUCUAAUCUAUCUCUCUCUUUCUAUCACUUUCUCUGUCUUCCUCUCUUUUUCUGUUGAUCAUGCCGUCGGUCCGCCUCAUUCACUUUCUCCUUGUAAAACAUGUUUUCGAAAUUAUAUCUCACCCAAUCUCCUUUUAUAUUAAUAUUGUUUUAAAUGCCACGUUUCCGUUUAAAGGAAAAUCAACAAGUCUGGCAGUCUGCUGGACAACCUGCUCCAGAGGUUAGAAAAGUACAGCAGCAACUUGGAGAAAAUUGUGGACGAGAAAGUGGAUGAACUCAAACAGGAGAAACAGAAAUCUGAGGAGCUGCUCAGACAAAUGUUGCCCAUGUAGGUGAUUAAAUAGCAUGAUGUCUUCUCAGACAAAUGUUGCCCAUGUAAGUGUUUAAAUAGCAUGAUGUCUGGUCGGAAAAACUUUGCCCAUGUAAUUGUUUAAAUAGCAUGAUGUCUGGUCGGAAAAACUUUGCCCAUGUAAGUGUUUAAAUAGCAUGAUGUCUGGUCGGAAAAACUUUGCUCAUGUAAGUGUUUAAAUAGCAUGAUGUCUGGUCGGAAAAACUUUGCUCAUGUAAGUGUUUAAAUAGCAUGAUGUCUGGUCGGAAAAACUUUGCUCAUGUAAGUGUUUAAAUAGCAUGAUGUCUGGUCGGAAAAACUUUGGUCAUGUAAGUGUUUAAAUAGCAUGAUGUCUGGUCGGAAAAACUUUGCUCAUGUAAGUGUUAAAAUAUCAUUGUGUCUGGUUUUACAAAUAUUGCCCACGUAAGCGUUAAAACAGCCCGUUGCCUACUCAGAAAAAAUGCUGUGCAUCUGUUUGAAUAAGUAAACUGUGACACGAAAAUGUUGGCGCGGACAUGGCCUUGAAACAAGUGAAACUUUCCUUAUAUACGUUUUAAAUUACUUGUCCCAUUGGUUUUUUUCUUUAAAGAUCACGUAAUUUACAUUACUUAGUUUACAUGUUUUUUAAUAAUUGUAAAGUGCUUAGAGCUUUAAGGUAAGCGCUAUAUAAAACUGCCUAAAUAAAUAAAUUAUUUCAUCCCGGUCAGUUUAGAAUGUGUGCAGCGUUAAUGGGAGACAAGUAAUGUCCUUAACGUUUCUCGUGCAUGAUAUACAGAGUUUUAGGCCUUAGAGGACUGGCCCAUUUUGUUUUAAUUUAAAAAAAGAAGAGAAAAAUAAUGUUGGAGAGUGAACAAAGGCCGUUGAUUGUAUAUCAGGAUUUUGUGAAAAAAUAGUUUCAAGUAAAAGAAGAUUAUAUUAUGGAGACGAAUGGAGGCGCCAUCUGAGGUGCCACAACGGUCCAAGGACUAAUGGACAUGAUGAUGAUGAUUAUGGAAGAAAAAUAGGAAUUGAGAUUUGUGAGAUAUAAUUCGAAGUAUCUUCAUAUUUUUCUGUGACAAAUAUUCAUAAUUGUUGAUAUUGUGAAUCAGCCCCUUCAGUAUCUUACAUAUGCUGAUGACAUAGCGCUUUUAGUUAAACAUAGUAAAGACAUAUCACCUGAUGACAUAGCACUGUUAGGAAAAAAUAGUAUAGACAAAUUAAAAGCCUUUAUUAAAUUAGAAUACACGUUACUACAAGCAGGCUGGAAGUCAACAACCAAAAAAAAUAAAAAAAAUACAUGACUUUGAUAAGAGAAGAACAGACAGGUGAAACCAUUCAAAUGUGAAGCUAAACUUUUGAAAAAGUAAAUCAAUUCAAAUACCUAGAAUCUUUAUUAAAUGUACGAAACGAAAUGCUAACAGAAAUUUAAAAAAACAGAAUAUCAGCUGGGAACAUGUCAUACUUCAGUAGUCAGAAAAUACUCAAAAGUAAAAACAUUACAAGAGAAACAAAGAAAACUAUUAAUAAAACUGUAAUCAGACCAGUUGUAACACAUGCAAGUGAAACUUGGACCCUUACAAAAAACAGCAGAAAACCUAUGGAGAGGAAAGUUCUGAGGAAAAUAUAUGGACCAACAAAGGAUGAAUAUGGAUGGAGAAUACGAACAAACCAUGAAUUGAACAGUCUAUAUCAGGAUCCCACGAUAGUAGCAGAAAUAAAAAAAAGGGCAGGCUACGACGGGCGGGACACUUAGAGAGAAUGCCAAAUGACAGAAGAGAGAAGAGGGUGCACCACCAAAACCCCAGAGGGAAACCGCUCAAAGGCAGACCUAGGAUUUGAUGGAUGGAUGAUAUCGGCAAAGAUCUACAGCAGCUGGGAAUCCAUGGAAGCAUGGAAGCAUCAGUUAGGUCGAGUGGAAGGAAGUGAUAAGGCAGGCCAAAGCCCUACAUGGGCUGCAGCGCCACGUGGAUAGGAUGGAUUGUGAAUGGCCAUGUUAAAAUUAGUCACUGUUUGAACAGCAUCGUCUCGAUUAUUCAGUAUAACUAAAUAUAACGGUGAUAGUUUAAACAAUAUUUAUCCUUACUUUCAUUUGUAUUUGAAAAUGUGUCUAAGUAAGGAUACGUGCUUUUACAAUGUUUUUUUUUAUAACAAUGUAUUUCGCAGUCCGGUCGCCGACCGACUAAAAUCCGGACUGACCGUUGAGCCAGAGUUCUACGACUGCGUCACCAUUUACUUCAGCGACAUUGUCGGCUUCACGACCAUCUGCUCGGAGCUGAAGCCUGUCCAGAUCAUCAACCUGCUGAACGACCUGUACUCGUGUUUCGAUGGGAUUAUCGGCCACUACGAGGUCUACAAGGUGAGGUGAUGCAUCUUUCUCAGCUUUGAUAUUCUUUUCCUAGUGAUUUAUCCAAUUUUACAACUCGUGUUCCAAUACUCGAUAAACUAAACCAAAAAUGAUGGCUUAAGGAGAAAAAACAAAAAAUUACAUAUGCCAUACAUUUUCUCACUUUUAUUGUAUCGCUUCUCUGAUUAUUAUUUAUAGCCUCCUUUUUAACUACUUCGUUAUUCUUAGAUUUGUGUGUCUUUAAAUUGAGCACCGCAUAUAUUGGACUUAAAGGCAGCUGAAACAAAUGUUAAAUUUCAAUCAAGUUUUUUUUUGGGUAACAGAAUGAAAGGGUUACACAAAAAUAAGAAAGGGAAGAAAGAAAAAUAUAAGCUACCCAGAUGGAGUGAAUAAAAACUCGGAAAAGAAGAAUAUUAAAAUGGGCUUAAAUAGUUACAUAUUUUAAAUAAAACACACAUACAUCCAACACAUCCAACGAGAAGUCGUAGUCAGAUAUCGGAAUACGGGUUCUGAUGUUACAUUUGUGUACUUGGCGCUUAAUUUCAAUGUUAAUGUGAAGGCUGUUGAAGGAAGACUUUUUUUUCUCUAAUACAAUCACGGGAAACGCCGGGUACAUUAGCUAGUUUGAAAUAAAACACAGAUACAUUCAACACAUUCAGUGAGAUGUCGAUCUCGCCACCUGUAGGUAGAAACUAUCGGUGAUGCCUACAUGGUCGUCUCGGGACUGCCCAAUAGGAACGGCAACGAGCACGCGCGUCAGAUUGCCCGGAUGUCCCUGGCCCUACUGAAUGCCGUAUCAACGUUUACACCCAUCGAAACAUCGGAGGACCGGCUCAAGCUGAGGAUCGGGCUCCAUUCAGGUUUGUGGCGUAGGAAAUAUGGCAUGGAAGUGCACUGCAUUUGCUAUUGAUGCAACGCCGUAUCAUCGGGUGCCAAAUCAAUCAACCUUUGAAAACCAAGUUGUUCGUACAAAUCCUUUAUAAUAUGUAAAAAUCGAGCAAUGGGGCUGGGGAGCUUAAAAUUUGCCAAAAGACGCAAACAAGUAACACACUUUAUAAGAAUCCCAGAUUGUCAUCCCCCAACCUAAGGCUCGCAACAGCACAUGUUUUUGUUUUAUUUUGUGCAAUCCGGGUCACGUUAUUUCCUUCAUCUUCCCAUUGAAAAAAGGGGAACAAACUGAUAGAUGUGCGUCUGGGCUUGAAAAUUUGAGGGAAUGUUUUGUUAUCGGCAAAACUCUAUAUGCCAAGUUUCAGCUCGAUAGGUUGGCGAGUAGUGGUUCAAGAUUUUGUAACAGCACUUAAUGUGUUGUUGUUUUUUUUUUGUGUGGGCAUCUUUAGCGACAAGUUCCAUUGGAAACAUAGAGAAUGAAAUGAGAAUGGCUGAUUUAAGAAGGUCAUGGUUGCAAGCGACCGAGUGAAUUCACACAAACUUUGAAAGUUGUGCCAAAAAUAAAUUUAAAAUGUAGGAAAUUUAUUAACGGAAAUUGUUAAGCGGUGCAAUGGAUGUGGACCAAUCCAUCGCAAGUAACGCCACGUGACAUUCCCCAGGUCCAGUGUGUGCCGGCGUUGUCGGUCUGAAGAUGCCUCGCUAUUGUUUGUUUGGAGACGCUGUCAACACGGCCUCAAGGAUGGAGUCUAAUGGAGUAGGUGAGAUGUCAUGUGACAUAGUGGAGUAGGUGAGAUGUCAUGUGACAUAGUGGAGUAGGUGAGAUGUCAUGUCUAAUGGAGUAGGUGAGAUGUCAUGUGACAUAGGGUAGUAGGUGAGAUGUCAUGUCUAAUGGAGCAGGUGAGAUGUCAUGUGACAUAGGGUAGUAGGUGAGAUGUCAUGUCUAAUGGAGUAGGUGAGAUUUCAUGUGACAUAAUGGAAUAGGUGAGGUGUCAUGCCAUACCGUCAAGUGUUCCAAUAAAUAUACUUCAAGGUUGGAGUAUUGUCCACGCCUGCACGUGAACCACACCAAGUUUCACAUCACGUCCAAGUCCGUCAGUGUUGCUAUGUGUUGAAGAGUCCCCUUGUAUUUGUAUGUACUUCUCUUAAAUAUGGCAUGCAAUCAAGUGCUGUUGUGAAUGGUCGCCACUGCCCUGAACAGCCAUUUUACGUGUCUUAGGUUGCCCCUUAAUUUUCAAGCCCAUGUGUUACAAUACAAUUCUAUUUUCAGAACUGAAGAUUCACAUGAGUAGCAGCACUGCGGAUAUUCUGAAAACUUUUGGAAAAUUCAUCUACACGCGCCGUGGAGCUGUCGAUAUUAAGGUAAUCACAAUUUUGAAACAAUUCUUUCUAAAUCAUUUAUCAACAAGUACAGAUAUAAUUUUUAAAAAAAUAAGACAACAAUCGAUUAUAGAUCAGUUGUUUUUGGGAAUAAUCCACAAAGACACUAGGAAUGACAGUGAACCCUGGGAGAUUAAACCACAUUCAGAUUAAGAAAAUCUACACUUUUAUUUCCCGCCGCUCAUGGAUAUUUUUUUUUUGACUAUUUCCACAUUUAAUGUUUUUUUAAAGGUACUGUUUUAUCUGAUUUCACAUUAAAUUGAGUUAUUGGAUUCAAGAAAUAUUUUAAAGAUAGACCUAAAGAACGAUAACAAUUUAAGGUCAUUGUCAUAGAUCCCAUAUUGCCAACUCACGUUGACGUGAUUCACAGAAAAACGAGAAAAACGGGCCAACAGGUUAGACACGGAUAUAUUUUUUGAGUUGAUCAGCCUUCACAGUAAAUCGGAUGGCAAAAUUCUGUUACACAAUGUUUUAAGAAAAUAAGCAUUAUACAAUCCGUAUAGGAAUUUUAGAGAAUAUUAUUUCGAAAACUGCAUUGUUUUUUUUUUAUAUUUUAAAAAUUAUAUUUUUAAACACAUAGUAAAGGCAUCGUGUAUUAUUUUGUAUUUUGAUAUUUAACCCACAGGGUAAAGGCAUCAUGGAAACGUAUUGGCUGUUGGGUGAAGAGGAUUGA